AUGGAUGCCAACAAAAUAUCUUCACAAUUCCGAGUACAGCAAGAAUCUCAGAAUCUCAGAAUCUCAAAAUCUCAGAAUCUCAGAAUCUCAGAAUCUCAGAAUCUCAGAAUUUUAGAAUAUCAGAAUCUCAGAAUCUCAGAAUCUCAGAAUCUCAGAAUCUCAGAAUCUCAGAAUCUCAGAAUCUCAGAAUCUCAGAAUCUCAGAAUCUCAGAAUCUCAGAAUCUCAGAAUCUCAGAAUCUCAGAAUCUCAGAAUCUCAGAAUCUCAGAAUCUCAGAAUCUCAGAAUCUCAGAAUCUCAGAAUCUCAGAAUCUCAGAACUUGUAA